AUGCUCCUCAAUCAAUUCUCCUUCGUCCCCUCGCCCGCACUCACGAGCCACACCACCAAUGGCUUUUCAAAUGGCAACAUUGGCAGAUCCACUGGCGGCGGCUCGACCUGCAUCUAUGGGAACGUUGGUGUGUCUGUCAACGCGACCGGAAUCAACAUCCUCUACACGCCACCUCAGGAUCAAAUGCGCGUGACGGAGUCAUUCGUCGAGAUCAACCGGAUCGACUCGACCUUCGCCGCUAAUAUCACAUCUGGUGGGACUAGUAACAUAUCCGGUAACUACAGCAUCUUCUGCAAGCUCUGCGUACCCAGUGACCAAGACCAAGCAAGCAAGGUGAAGACAGUGCAGCUGUUGACACAUGGUGCAACUCUCGACCACACUUAUUGGGACAUCGCACCAGGCUAUAGUUACGUCGACGUUGCCUCGGCAGCUGGUUACGCGACGCUCUCAUAUGACCAGUUGGGCGUGGGAAAUUCUGACCACCCGGACCCCAUUCAGAUCGUGCAAGCGGCCUCACAGGUGGCCGUCACGCAUGCGCUGGUCGCGUUGCUUCGUGAAGGAAAAUUGGGCGGAUUCGAUUUUGACAAGGUCGUCGGUGUUGGACACAGUGCAGGAAGCACGCUGACACAGGCCAUCACCACGAAGUACCCGCAGGAUUUUGAUGCCGUGAUUUUGUCCGGUACCAGCACCAGCGCGGCUUCGGUUGCACUGAGCAUGGCCGCUUUCAAUUUCAUCAACGCAAACACGGACCCGGCGCCAAAACUCAAGAACUUGCCCACCGGAUUUCUGACGCAGCAGACGGCAGUUGGCAUACAAUUCGCUUUCUACCGGUACCCCAAUUUUGACCAGAACGCGUUUCAGCAACAGGUUGCGAACAAGCAGACGAAUACGCUGGGCAUUCUGCUCACCCUGGGUGGUAUUAUUGCUCCGUCAACACAGUUCACUGGACCUGUAGACGUUGUCAAUGGCGAGAAUGAUCUUGUCUUCUGCGGCGGAAACUGCCUUUAUCCAACGGACCAGAACAAGGCUGUUUUGGAUAUUUUCUACCCGGCGGCGUCAACUGGAAGUCAGACAUACAUUGCGAUAGGCUCCGGUCAUUCUAUCGCGGCCCACAAUAGCGGACCGGAUAGCUUCGCGCAGAUGAUCAAAUUCUUGCAAGCAAAUAGCCUGUAA